UUUAUAUUCACCUAUCAAUUUCAUGAAAGUCUGUGAUAUGUCUGUGAGUUCAUAAUUAUUUAUAAAAUAAGGGUAAUUUCUAAGUUAUACAUAUCCAGUAUGAUAUCCAGAAAAGGCCAAAAAGCAAUAAAUGAAGGUGUUGUUGGGAAAUACAUCAAGAAAGAUACACCGCCCGAUUUACCAAUAAUAAAUGUGUGGACUACGGGUCAUAAUAGGCGCCCGCGCAGCCAGCCGUUUGGGGCGAGCGAUGGAGUAUCUAGCAGCCACGAAAACAAAUUUGGCAAGUCGCAGACCAUGAGCGGUCACGCAGGCAAAUAUACGCCCAGCGAGUCAGUGCCAAAUUUAGCCCACAGAUUUGCUAGUUUAUCCACUAGCGACUCCGCCAGCUCUUCAAGUAAUUACAAUUCCCAGUGCUUCUUAGAUUCUAAUUUGGCUUCCCAUUCCACGCUUAAUGAAAUAGACGACUCAUUCAGUAGACAGACCAGCCACAGAUACUAUAGGCAUCAACAAGAGGACCCCAUAUACCAAAACCAGCAGCAGGUACAGCAGCAAAAGCAGCAGCAGUACGGGUCCCGCGAGUCGAGUAUACCGCGGCUGUCAUCUAACCUCAGCCUCACCCCGCGCCUGCACCCCCCGCACCCGCCGUCGCCGCACUCCAUCCUUCACACUUGUACUGACUCGUACACAGUGGGAAGCCAAUCGUCACCUAUUUACUCCAAUUACGUGAAUACUUCGGUGCUCCCGUACAACAAUAAAGCUCAUGGAAGCAGCAUUAUUACUACUACACAAGGCACAGAAGAGGAGCUGCCGCUCCCGCCGGGCUGGUCGGCGGACCGCACGCUGCGCGGACGUCGCUACUACAUGGACCACAAUACUCAAACUACCCACUGGACGCACCCGCUUGAAAGCGUACCCCAGCCGUGGCAGAAGGUGUCCACUCAUCACGGCGUCUAUUACUUCAAUGAAAUUACUCACCAGCGAACGUAUGCACACCCUUGCUUAGUUGGGGGGUGCUAUUUAGUAAGCCCGUAUGUGCCGACAUUGGUGCCGCCUUAUUUGCUAGAAGAGAUACCACAUUGGCUUAUUGUCUAUUCAAAAGCUGACCCGGAAAUGGACCACAAGUUACGUUGGAACAUGUUCCGGUUGAGCGAGCUGGAUUGCUACUCGGAUAUGCUGACGCGCUUGUAUAAGCAAGAGCUGCAACUGAUUGUUAUGAAAUAUGAACAAUACAGGUCUGCCCUGUUGCAAGAAAUUGAAAGGAGACGGCAUGCUAUAGCAUGCCAUGCACAUUCAAAUUGUUAAUAUAUCAACAUAUCAAAUUAAUAAUAUUUUGUCUUGUUGAUCUGUGAUCCAAAAUGAUGUAACUUUUUUGACAAUUUUAUCAGCUUUUAGCUGACAAUACAAGUGAAAAUAAAUUU